AGCGGAACCAUGGAAACGAUCCAUUGCGUGUCACAUUUUAAAGUGUCCGCGCUCUCCUCGUUGUAGUCCUCGCGCACGAGUAAAGUACGGGACGUAGCAUUUAACAAACUCAAUAUCCCACAAUGCACUUCUCGAACAUCCGCGGAAAUGGCGGAAUGGCGCAACAUGCUGCCGCAGGAAUGGUUUAAAUAUGUGAACCAGGAGGUGCGAGUUACAGCGCAGGAUAAACAGCAGUAUGGAGGCUGUGUGUACACUGUGGAUCCUGUUUCUGCCAGCCUAGUCCUUGUGACCUUUGAGGAGAAAAGAAACGCCUCUGUGAGGGUCAUCUCGGGCCAUGCUGUGAGAGACGUGCAGCUCCUCAAGCCAGGAGAUGAAGAUACAGAGAAGAAGAUGAGGUCUCUGUUUACACCUGCUGACAGCCAGGAAUUCAGCACAGAGGAACUCGAGGAACGCAAGAAGAACCUGCGAGCAUGGCUGGAGAAGAACCUGAUUCCCGUUACGGAAGAAGGCGACGUCCUGCGCGUGGCCAAUGUGCUCACCAUCAGCGCUCCAUACGGCCCCGAGCAGUGCAGCAGCAGCAACGAAAUCAUCCUGGCGAGAGUGCAGAGUCUCGUGGAAAACAAGCCGGGACGAGAGAACCAGCAGUAAACGUCGAGCUCGUCACACUGCGUCCUCUCUGUGAGAGAUCAUGAUGUUCAUGUGUUCCUCUUUCUACUGAGGGAGAUUUGAUUAAAGCGCUUGUGGCACUAGCAGACUGUUACCUUUGUUUACUUCAGAAGCACGCAUUGGGCCUCAUUUAUCAAUAUGAAUACAACCAAAUCAUCUGGUAUAAAAUACCUUUAUAUUCUAUGAGAGCAUAUGAGUGAGAAUAACUAACAUAAACCUUGAUCGAUUGGCUUCGAAUAGUUUAUUGCUGAGAACUUAGUGCAAAAUUAUAUAUGGAUAACCUUAAGAUUAAUUUUCUAACAAAUUAGAAAAAGGACGUAUUAGUGUGUGUAUAAACUGAUCAGACAUAAGAUUAUGACCAGCAUUAACGUCUUCAGCAAUCUGAGCAACAGUAGCUCGUCUGUUGGAUCGGAUCACACGGGCCAGCCUUCGCUCCCCACGUCCAUCAAUGAGCCUUCACCCUGUCGCCGGUUCACCACUGUUCCUUCCUUGAACCACUUUUAACAGACACUAACCACUGCAGACCGGGAACACCCUACAAGAGCUGCAGUUUUGGAGAUGCUCUGAUCCAGUGGUCUAGCCAUCACAAUUUGGCCCUUCAUCAAACUCGCUCAAAUCCUUACACUUGUCCAUUUUUCCUGCUUCUAACUUUGAGGAAAAAAUGUUCACUUGCUGCCUAAUAUAUCCCACCCACUAACAGGUGCCAUGAUGAGGAGAUCGGUCGUAUUCACGGCACCUGUCAAUGGUCAUAAUGUUAUGCCUGAUCGCCGUAACCAAUGUGCUGCAAUCCAAUGACUGAGCUGUGUUACUGGAAGAUUUAAUACACAACACUGCUUAGUUUAGAGGUCAUUUUCAGGUAAUCGUUUAUGGAGGUUUGUGGGAGUCACUAAAUGUUUGAUAGGCAAGUACAGGUGAAGAACAUCUGGAAAGAAUUCUUAGGGUGGAUUGGCCUACGAAAAUCUAUACACAACUUCAAUAAAAGACAAAAAUGAGGCCCAAUCUGGCAUCAGGAAAAAUGUGACACUGGUCAGGCGAAUAAGCUUUUUUUUUCCCCCUCUAGGAACUGUUGAGUGAACAGGAAAUAAUUCUGCAGUUUUGUAUUAAUACACGGUUUGUUUGUAUUGGACGGUUCAGAGUGUUUGUUUGAUCAAUAAAAAUGGAUCACAGUUUUGUAAUAAAGAAAUG